AUGCCCUCGACGUUGACCCGCAUCCUCGCCGUUCUGGCCCUGUCGCUCUCUGUUGCGGCACAAGACAUCCAGUACACCCUUACGCACAACGCGACCGUUAUCUACGGCACUUGGAGUUCUGGUAGCAAUGGCGUGCAGACGGGAUCACUUUACAAGGGCUUCGCGAAUCCUGCGGAUAGGGCCUUUAUAUACCCUAACACGACCGGAAUCUCGUAUUCCUUUACCGACGACGGCUACUACGAGAUUGCAAGAUACCGCUAUACGAGUAACGGCACCUCACCACGCUGCAUCACUGGUGUUAUGAACUGGGUCCAUGGGACGUACCAGCUACAACCGAACGGUUCGAUUACCACGGUUCCGUUCGGCGACGGGUUCCAGCAGAUCCAGGACGCUUGUGCUGCUGUGUCGAAUUUCAUCGAGGACUACAACGACACGGAACUCUACAGCUCGUGGACCAUCUUCCAGGACCCCACACUUGGCUACCAGCUCCAGCUGUACCAGUACGAUGGCACUCCGCUCGCGCAGCAGAACCUUAUCUCGACGACGCCGAACAUGCUUCCCACGCGCAAUCUCCGCAACACAACGACGACGUCGACCACCGCGCGGUCGUUGUUGGCAAAGAAGAGCGCAGGUCGAGGUGAUUACGCCUCGUUGGCAACGAUCCCUUGGAGGAUCACCGGGACAACGAGGAUACCGGCUGAGAUAUACAAGCUCGAUGUUUAUGGGAAGGAUUCAUUCUUCAAGCUUCUAGACUCUAAUCAACUCUGCUCUGCCCGUUCUAAAAUGGCUGGACAAUCUCACGCAGAUGGACUGUGUCUACGCUAUCCGGAAGCUCUCGGACCACAGCCAAAUCUAACAGGAGAAAUGGCUGUGAACUUGCUCAUUCGUGCGGUUCAACUCGCGCACCACACACCUUUUGUAUGGGGAUACAUUGAUAGGCCACAAGAGGGACAAAUGUUCAUCAUAUUCCUGACCCCCCAACUGCCCUUCCCUCCGGAUGGCAUCCGUUACCAGGAGCAAGAACAGAAGGCGUUAAUCCCUGCUGGACCUGGUCGUGAACUCGAAGUGAUGGAGGUCAAGUACGGUUUCCUUCCCAACUCCUCAGACGGCACAGCCUGGCGUGUCCGCCGUCGUUUCCGGCUCACAAGGGGCGGACACCAACAGCUGGUCCUUAUACAUUACGGCCGCGGCAACCCCAUACGCAAUCUUUUCGCCACGACAGCUAUCAUCCCAUCGCUUAACCAACCCGUCCGUGCAUACCCCCUCCGUGCGAUCAACGAGCCUGCUGUCUUCGUUCUCGGCGACAAGACCGGCCAGAAGGUGUAUCCUAAUACAGGCGCGCCAAUCGGCAUGGGUGAACGCCAGCCGAUUGUAUUGGUGAACCUGGCUUUUCAUCGAAUCAAGAGUGUUGCAGGAUGCGCCACAGUGUGA